AAGAAGCACACCAAAAAAAAAAAAAAACCCUAAAUCUCGAAGCUUUGGAUCUUGGAGAUGGCGGAUAUUCUACGACAGCUGUUGGAUAGUGGAAAAUUAUCAGACGAAACCUGCCACUCGAUUUUGUGUGGAUUGAGUAAACAUGUUGAUACUUUUCAUUUAUCCAAAACCGAAGAAGAAGUCGAUGGAUGGACUUCUGAGGAAGAUGAACAACUUGACGAAGAAUACUGUCGCCAAGUUACCGUGUCUCUGGGUUUCGAUAUUGAUGGUAAUGUUCGUAUCCCAGCAUGUGGAAUCUCACCAGUCUUUCUAGGUGCUAAUGAAAACCCGCGUAGCGAUAUCGCUCUUUAUGGCCAUUUGGGAGUUCAUUGCUUCAACAUUGACAAGGAGAGGAAGUUGAAGUACAUGCGCAUACCUAAAUACAAUAUUCAAUUUCCUAAAGCUAUGUCUUUCUAUAUAACCGUGGAGGUGAAGGAUCUUGCUGAUAAUUCAGCUCACACUUUACAGACCUUGGUCACAAGAUCUUUCUCUAGGAAUGGAGAGCACUUAAGAGUCUCUACUGGAAUUUGCAGAAUCAAACCCGAAACACCUGAAGGAGAUAUCUGUCUUGUGGAUGAGGAAGCAAUAGAUAAGUUUUACAGAGGUGCUAUGCCCAACUUUGUGUCCAAAGAAGGAGCUGACGAUGAUAAGUUGAGAUUCUACGAGGUUCAGGAGCAGGACAUAUGUGCAAAUGAUUGGCUACGUCUAUAUACCGAAUUUGCACUUUUUUCCUUCUGGAGAUAUAAUGAGGACGGAUUUGAGUCUUGUUUACCUGUGGAGAUCAAGAAGAUAAUUGUGGAAACUUGUGAAAAUCAUAGAGAGCCGCGUCUGAAGCUGAAGUCUAGUAAUGCCAUCUUCCACAUAAACUUCAGUGCCAAGAGUUGUGACUACAAAUCGGUUACCUUGGUCACAAGGUUGUUUCCCAAGAAUGGUGAGGGCUUAAGAGUCUUUACUGGAAUCUGCAGACUUAAACCCGCGACACCAGGUAAAGGAGAUGCCUAUGCUAUAUUGGAUGAGGAAGUAAUAGAUGGUUUUUACAGAGGCGAUAUGCCGGACUUUGUGUCGGAAGCAAGAGCUGAUGAUGAGCUGAGAUUCUACGAGGUUCAGGAGCAGGACAUAUGUGAAAACGAUUGGCUUCGUCUGUAUACUGAAUUCGCACUUUUCAGCUUUUGGUGGUUUAAUGAGGACGGAUAUGAGUGGAGCUUGCCUGUGGAGAUCAAUAAGAUAGUUGUGGAGACAUCUGAAACUCACAGAGAGCCGUGUUUGAAGCUCAAGUCUAGUAAUGCCAUCUUCCACAUAAACUUCAGCGCUAAGGGGCGUGACUACAGAUCUGUUGUAAGGAGAUCGACGGACGGGAAAACAGGACAUAUACUUCUCGAAGUUAAGAGCUGGGCCGAUCAACCGACCUCCGCCUGAACCAUAUAUGCUUACUACUACUACUACAAAAACAAAUUACUCAAUGUUUG